AUGGAUGGCAUCGGGCCCCACACUUCAGUGGUUGUGCUGGCAGCAACAAACCGCCCCGAUCUGCUCGAUGCUGCGCUGCUGCGGCCGGGGCGGCUGGACCGUCUGGUGUACGUACAGCUGCCGGACCCGCAGGCGCGGCAGCAGAUCGCCUUCAACACCCUCAGGCACGUGCCCAUUCACCCCACAGCAGCAGCAGCAGCAGCAGCUGCUGCUGCUGCUGCUGAUGGUGGUGAUGGUGGGGGUGCGGGAGAAACUGCUGCGGCAGGGCCUCCGGGAGAAGCUGCUGCUGCUCACAAGCAAGAACACACAGCUUGUGCGAACCCGAAAAGGGAAGACGGGCUCACUGACGGGCUGCAGCAGCAGCAGCAGCAGCAGCAGCAAAGCCCGGUGGCCGCCCCUGCUGCUGUGGCAGAGUGGCUCAGUGCACGUACAGCCGGCUACAGCGGCGCUGAGAUCGUUAUGAUUUGCAAGGAAGCAGCACUGGAAGCAAUUAGGGAACAUAUUGCUGGCUGCGUGGACUCCCAGCAGCAGCAGCAGCAGCAGCAGCAGCAGCAGCAGGAGGGGCUGCUGGCGCUGCGGAUGCGGCACCUGGAGGCGGCUCUGCAACGCGUACAGCCCCGCACGCCCCAGUCGCUGCUGCAGCUCUACAAAGAAUACAGCAGCAAGAACUAA